GUGUUGAGGUAGAACAUCUGGAGUUGGCUGAAUCAGACUGUUUUUUCCCCUCGACUGCCUGACAGCAAUCUGCUGUAGAAGACACAGACUCCCAAGAUGAUUUGCUGUCUGGAGCUAUCCUGAGGUGGCCAAUGCCGUCGGCUCCCUUUGACAUGCCGUUGUGGCAGGCGCUCCUAAACUCCACACUCACCCACAAUCAAAGCAACAGUAGUCUGUUCCUGCUUGACGUCCCCUGCUGGCAAUCCAGCACCAUGACACUCACACUAGUGCUAUGCUACUGCCUGGUGCUUAUUUUGGGCUUGCUCGGUAACAUCCUCCUCAUUUGCAUUAUUAUGCACCAGCGGGACCCUCCAAACGUCACUAGCAUCCUCAUUGCCAACCUGUCGGUCUCUGACAUCCUAGUGAGCGUGUUCUGCCUUCCCUUCACUGUGGUUUACACGCUCAUGGACCACUGGAUUUUCGGUGCGCUGCUAUGUCGCCUGAUGCCAUUUGUGCAGUGCGUGUCUGUCACAGUUUCGGUUCUGUCCCUAGUGUUGAUUGCACUUGAAAGGCAUCAGCUCAUCCUGCACCCGUCUGGCUGGAAGCCGAGCGUCCCACAAGCAUACAUUGCCGUUUUGACUGUGUGGCUCUUGGCUUGCGUAACAUCAUUACCGUUCCUGGCGUUUCACUUGCUCACCAGCGAGCCGUACAGUCUGUUUCCAGCGCCGCUCAGUCAGCUGCAAGUAUGUCUGGAAGUUUGGCCUUCUCAAGAGCACAAACUUGCCUACACCACCAGCCUGUUGCUAUUCCAGUACUGCUGUCCUCUGCUCCUCAUGCUACUCUGCUACCUUCGCAUCUUCCUCCGGCUGCAGCGCAGAGAGCGCAUGCUGGAGCGCCAGUGCAGCCGCAAUAGAGAGGAUGAACACAGGCGUGUGAUGCACAGCAAACGCAUAAAUGUUAUGCUUGCCACUUUGGUGGCUGCGUUUGCCGUGUGCUGGCUGCCUUUAAAUGCCUUCAAUGUGGUGGCAGACUGGCACCAGGAGGUGCUGCCCGUGUGCAACCACAAUCUGCUGUUUUCACUCUGUCAUCUGCUGGCCAUGAGCUCCACCUGCGUCAAUCCCAUCAUCUAUGGAUUCCUCAACAGCAACUUCCGCAAGGACGUGGCCUCCGUGGUGCUACACUGCCAUUUUCAGCCACUAGAGGACAGCUACGAACACUUUCCAAUGUCUACAAUGAACACUGAUGUGUCGCGGACAUCUUUUAGACUCAGAAACAAUUCUGUGUAAUUGUGCUAAUCAAUUUAUGAUUGUGAAUGACAUUAAAACCAGUAUUUAGUUUGAAUUUACAAUGAGUGUCCACUGCAGUGCCAAACCUUUUACACAGAUUCCAGCCUUAUGAUUAAAUUACAUUUUACUAAAGGAGGAAGUUCAAUGAAAAGUUGAAAUUCUGUUAUUAAUUAUUCACUUUUGUGUUGU